AGCUUGGUCUGGACGGCCAGGAUCGUCAGCACCGGCAGAGCACAAGAAAAACCUCCGCCUCUCCGGCCGUCCCCCUCCGCGCCGCCACCGGAUGCUCCGCCGCCUCUACGCCAAGGCAGCCCGCGCCUUGCCCAACUACGCGGCCGCCUUCCCGCCUCCCCCUGUCCGGCAUUUCCCCGAACACUUCUUGGCCGGCGCGGCCGCGCUCUCCCACGCGCCCGCCGCCGCCGCCGGCGGCGGAGGAGGCGACCCUGCCUCCCGCACGCUCCACUUCCUCCGCCACUCAUGCGGCCUCGCGGAGGCUGACGCCGCAGCGGCGGCCGCCCGUCUCCGCCUCCGCUCCACCAAGAACGCGCACGCCGUGCUCUCCCUCCUCCGCGACACCAUCGGCCUGCCCCCCGACUCCGUCGCGCGCCUCGUCGCCGCCUACCCGUCCGUCCUCUCCUCCACCAUCCUGCCCGCCAAGCUUGACUUCUACCUCCGCGAGCUCGGCCUCUCAGCAGCCGAGGUCCGCCGCUUCCUCCUCGCGAGCCCCAACCGCGUCCUCACCGCGGGGCUCGACGGCCGCCUCCGCCCCAACCACCGCCUCCUCAGGGACCUCCUCGGCACCGACGCCAACGUGCUCGCCGCCGUCAAGCAGUCCAUGGAGCUCAUCUACGACAACCUCCAGGUCUUGUUGCUCCCCAAGCUCGAGGCCCUCCGCGACCAUGGCGUCACGGAGGAGAUCAUCGUCAAGCUGGUCACCACGCACCCCAAGGCGCUCGUGCAUAGGUCCACCCGCUUCGAUGAAGGCCUGGCCGCCAUGAAGGACCUCGGGGUCAGCCCGGACUCCGGCAUCUUUCCCUACGCCUUUGGGGUGUUCGCCAAAAUGUACCAAUCGAAAUGGGACCGCAGGAUGGAGAAUUACCUCAGCUUGGGGUGGACCGAGGAGCAGGUGAGGCGGGCGUUCGUCAGGCACCCCUACUGCAUGUCCGCGUCAGAUGACAAGGUGAGGCAGCUCAUGCGGUUCCUCGCAGAGAAGCUUGGCUGGAGCCCUGAGUAUGUGUCAUCGAGCCCCACGGUUCUUUCCUUCAGCUAUGAGAAGCGGGUGCUGCCGAGGUGUGCGGUGUUGGACAUACUGGCAUCGACGGGUGCCAUCAAGGGCAUAAGGAUGAACCAUCUGACGAUGUCAGAGAAGAAAUUCAUGGAGAAGUAUGUCACCAAAUAUCAGGAAGUGGUUCCUCAAGUAUUGGAAGCUUAUGGAGCCAGGACAGCCUCUGCUGUGAAGUAGCAGGGCGAUUCUGCCUUGCUCUACCGUGGAACAAAGGCACUGUCUUCUCCUUGCCCGUGUCCUGAAUUGUUGUUUUGGUUAGUUGCAUGCUUUUCUAUUUAAGAUCAUUAAAUGCAAUGCAAUUGGAGUCAAAUAAUGACUUAGGUUCAGUUUGCUCUUCUUUAGUACCGAUUUACAUCCCUUUUGAUGUUCUUUUCUCUGAGUUCCAUGAACGAUGAGACAUUCAAGUCUGAAGAGUUAGUAAAAGUGAAAGUGUAGAACUAUGUUGAGAGCACUA